UUAUAGUUUUGAAUAUAUAUGACAAGAACUAUACCACCAUAAUAAACAAUCUUGAUUAGCUGAUAAUCAUUAGCCGGUCGAGGUAGUGCGCGUUUAAGGAUGCCGAAAUAUAAAUCCUGGAAACACCGAACCCAAAUUAUUUUGAAGUUUUGUAUCCGGAUCUUCAGUAAAAAUAGUUGAGUAGCCCUGCUCUAUGGUUCUGAUUAUCACUUUGCUAGUCCUUGAACUGGUAAUAGAACUAAAAUAAGGAAAAUUGAAAUAAAAUUAUGGCUUAGCCCCAACCUGGUGCACAUACUACGUUUCGGUGUCUGCUAUCUUGGUUCACAUACUUCGGGAAUACCCUGUGUUGAUCCUCAAUCCUGGAUCUCUAAAUUAAAUCGGUCUUUGAGUAAAGUCAUAGUGGCAUGGUUACUUUGUCACAAGUCUGAGUGAUUCAAUUUAGAUCAUUGCUCCCUAACCUUUCCCAGUUUUUGACCCACUUUUCUUGCCAUUUUUUCUGUGCGACCCGCAAUGAGAUAUUACUAUAAGAGAAAAAAUAAACAAUGUAUCCCAUGCAAUUUUCAAUGAUAUUUUCAGACAAGCCCCCGUAUGAUGACGGUGCCACAAUUUCAUGAUGUAAUUGAAAACUGUAUGUAACAUUUGGAAAUGCUUAACUUGCCCACCUUGAAUAGCUUCGCCACUCACUGGUCGGGAAGCACUGAUUAUCACUGUAUCCCCAUGAAAUAAUGCGAAACUCGAAGUUGCACAAUGGUUACAGACAAGCCCACACAUGAUGAUAAUGACAAAAUUUUUAUGAUGUAAUAGAAAACUUUAUGUAACGUUUGGAAAUGCUUGAUUUUCCCACCUUGAAUAAGUGACUCACUAUUUGAGAAGCACUGAUUUAGAUGACUUUAAUCCAUAAAAAAGGUGACUCUAUUCGCCCCCAUACUUGCUUGUAUCCUUAUAAAAUUAUAUUCUUGUACUAUUUCUUAUUUUAGUCAUGUAUGUUUCAUUUAUAUACUAAUGUGUAUGACUAUGCUAUUGUUCUUGUCAAUAUUAUUAUGCUGUCAGAAUAGCUGUUUUCAUGUACUUUAUGAUGUCAUAAUUAUUAUUUCUAUUAUAAUUCAUAAACACAAUUUCAUACUGUAAGCUGUGUAGACUGUGAAAUUAAUUUUUUUUAAAUAAAUUUUAGAUCUAUCGGUAGUUUUUAUUAAAAAAUAAAGAAAAUGGCGAAUGUACUGCUUCAAUCGCCCUCUCAAUUGAACAUGGUACGGACUGCAAUAUCUUGCCCCACCACUCCGAGGGAGGUAGGUGACGGUAUGGAAAUGGAUAAAUCUGAAAAGCAAGAAAAUAUGCUUCCCAAGUAUAUAACCCCACUUUCAAAGACUUCGAGCGGGUACUCUACCCCAGUUUUACUUCCAUCUGACAAGAUCACACUCUCUGCAAAAUCACAAGUUCAAAGGUCAAUAAGUCAGAGGUCAAUUAUAGAUCAAGAGGAAGAGUUUCUGCACAGAGAUUCACUACCAAGUCCUGUCCCAUCUGAUGCGUUAUCACCCAAUAUUGAAAAGUUUUUGAUCGAAGAGAAAGCGGCUCUUAAAGAUCAUCUGGAAAUUCAAGUGCAGGUUAAUCAAGAACUCAAACGACUUCUAGUUGCUUCCAUUGGUGAAGACAUGGGUUUCCAUUACGAGAGGAUUGCAACAGAAAAAGCUCAACUUGAAAUGGAAAACGAAAAUUUGAAGAAAAAAUUAGCUGCUCAGGAAGAAGAGGCUGAAAGACUGAACAUUUCAUGUGAUGUCUGGAGAAGUAAAUUUCUUGCAAGUAGGGUUCAAUGUGAUGAAACACAGGAAAACUUAAUCAGACUUCAACGACGUCAUCGUGAGUUGGAGACAGCAGUUCGAGGAUUGUUACGGGAACAUCGCAUGAGAUCAGAACAUCUUGAAGAGAUUCACGAAACUUUGAAACAAUUACAUGGCGCUUUGCAAUGGGGGAAGAAAGAAAACCAAACGAAAUCAAAGAAAAAGGAUUCAGAAAUACCUGUGGAUGAAGACUGUUUAAAACUGUCUAACUUAAUAUCGUCCCAAUUACUGGGGUCGUCGCGGCCCAUUACAUCGAGGACGACAGGAUACAAAAAAUUCCUAUCGUCAUGGAAACGUAUCGGCUCGACCGGAACUGGCCCACACACCGCACAACCCGAAUAUGAAGUCAAACCAACGCUUGCGGAAAAAUAUAUUUUACAAUUGUUAAGAGAAAAUGGUCCAACAGUGACACCAAGUGUUCCGAAAAAUUUAGAUUAUUAUCCGAGUCCCGUUAAUCGCAGAAGUAGUGGAACUGUUACAGGAAGGUUUCAUCCACAUACUAAAUAUGAUAACAUAACUCUAGCUUGUUGCAGUAAAUGUAAGGGAGAAAUACAUGUUAUAUAGUCUGGAUUUUUCGCCCAAUUCAAUAUAAAUAAAAUUGUCAGACCCUCAACUCACAUCGAAUAUGCCCCUGUCUACGGUCCUUGUUAUUGCAACAUUUUAAAGCCUGUAUAUAUAUAUAAUUUAUAAUAUACAUGUUUUUCUUCGAUUUAUGAAUUGCUUGCACAAGUGCCUCAUGUGAAUAAAACUUGUCAAAAAUAUGUGACAAGCGAGAAUGUCGAAACGCCUUUCGAAUGGUCUUUGGGCUACUUUCAUUGAUCUUAAACUGACUAGUACCGUAGGUGUCAAUGUUUUCUUUUUCAAACUAAUUUCGUUAAACAAUGAGACUCAUUUCUAAGUAAAAGUUAUGGUCAACCCCUGCAUUGCCAAUAGAUACUGAAACUAUAUAUAUAAAUGCGGCCGUACAUUACACAUGAGAACCACUAAAAAAGAAAGUUACUUUAAAAAUGAGAAUUAGAUACGACUCCUUUAAAACUGAUUCUAAUCUGUCAUGAGUUUCCAAGAUUACUGAUGAAGACUGUAAGCACUUUAAAAUUUAUAUUCAUUAGUAAUAAAAGGCAUCAAGUUCAAUUUUAUUAUUUUCAAGUUCCCAACAUUACUCGGAGGGUGAAAUUUUUGUAAGAUUAUUUACAGUUCAACUGUUCGAGUAUUUUAUUCAACAAGUUUUAUAAGUUCUUAUGUUGGAGAUGUUAUUUUUUUGUGUAGUUUUAAAUAAUGAUUAAUUUCAAACUAGUUUUAGUUUUUCAUUUCCAAGUUUUAUUCUUGUCAAAUGUUUAAAAUGCAUUUCUGACAUAUGACUUUUUUCGGGGCUCCCGAAGUAUGCGAACCAAGAUGGCGGACAUCGGAAUGUAAUAUGUGUAGUAGGU